AAUUGAUCUUCAUUGCCCAACACAAAAAAGUGCAGAGAAAAGUGCAGAGACAACAAAGAACAUCGAACUUUUACAUAGUACCAGACAACCCUGGCGCUUCCCUGUCAGGUACAAUACAGGUAUGUCCAUUAGCUAAUACGAUGGAGAGUCUUGGAGACUAGCCCCCGCAAAUACAAAGUACCCACUACGUCAUCUUCAAUACUAACCCCUACUUCACAUGUAGCUGAAUUACUGAUUACAGGUUGCGGUUUCCGAUAUUUAAUCAAUAAAUCAAUCGAUCCUGUUCUACAUAGGUUCUAGGCUGCAUGUGUGUAACCUGCUACCUUGAUGCCCAAGGUUUAGAUACAUUGUAGGUACAAAGUAGCGUGCAUCUGCGCUGCACCUACACCCGCACCUGUGAGAUGGCACGGGUUUCAUAUAACACCUUUGAUUCAAUUCCCUCGGCUGAUUGGACCAAACCCGAAUCCAAAUCCAAACUCCAACAACACAGUUUCCAUGGCCACAAUAACGAACUGCCUCGAUACUCCAAAGAAGGUCUGGACGAGGAAAGACAUGUUACCCAUCCUUACUACCACCUCUUCAAAGCAGCUGUUGCUUGUGUCAUACUCGUCAGAAUUCUCUGGGUAUUUGCCGGUCCUCUCGCCGGACGAGAACUGUUCCCUCCAACCGAGCAAGAAGAUGAAGAUGUCAAAGGCACGUCUUUCCUAGACCACGAAAAGCCCAUUAGCACUUUUGCCGGCAAGACGUUUUUGAGGCACAACAUUCCUUAUAUCGACAUCCCGGACGCGCUUGUCCAGGAUGUAUAUUACUACAGAUGGACUACCAUUCAACGGAAUCUUCGCUACAUCAAGGCGGGGACCGGAUAUAUGUGUACCGAGUUCGUCCAACCCGUCGGCUAUGCUAAAGCUUUCGGAUCUAUCGAUGCUGCCGCGGGGCAUCAGAUUGAUGAGUCGAGAUGGCUGAGAGACACGUUUUACGGUGACGAUUAUAUCCAACUGUAUACUCGUGGCCCAGCCGAUGCCCUGCAGUAUACUCAAUGGAUUCUAGAUGCGGCAAGCCGUCGGGCUAUGGUGACUGGAGAUUCCCAUUUCCUCGCUAUCCAGCUCGACGACAUGAUUCGCCUAUGGCACGAAUGGGAUCCAUACUUUGAUGAAGCAGCCGGCCUAUACUACUAUCAGCCCGUCUGGGACGCCCAGGAGUUGUCUCUUCCUGGGUUUAUUGCUGACCCGAAUGGGACCGACUGGACACUACGGAAGGAUGGCCCAUAUACCUUUCGACCUAACCACAAUGCGUAUAUGGUAGCGAAUGCUCGAGCUAUAGCCCGUGCCGCUAAUCUCGUCAACGAUAGACGUAACGAAGUUCUUUUUUCUGGACUGGCAGACGAGCUCGAAGCUGCCAUAUAUAAGCGCAUGUGGGCACCCGAACAACAAUUCUUCAUGGACAUUAUCCGGCCCAAUAAUCCGAACCUGACAAGACUCACGGGGAGAGAACAGGUAGGACUGUUCCUAUAUCGCUUCGGAAUUGGUCUCAACACGUCCUACUCUCAACCAGCUGUCGAUUCCAUGUUUGACCCACAAGGUUUCUUAGCCCCUUAUGGCCCAACAACCCUAGAGAUUCGAGACCCAUGGUUUAUGGCUGUCAGGCCAGAUGACUAUUGCUGCUAUUGGAACGGCAUGUCAUGGCCUUAUUCCACCUCGCACACACUCAAGUCACUUGCAAAGAUAUAUCAUUCCAAAACCACGAAUGUCACUGCCGAACAGUAUUUCCAAUAUCUUCAGACGUACGCGAGAACGCAACAAAAGAACGGUCAGCCUUAUGUCGCAGAGUCUCAUUAUCCUUUUAUCAAUGGUUGGAGUGCCGAUGGCUGGAAUCAUUCGGAACACUAUGAUCAUUCAACCAACAACGACGAUGUGAUAACAGGCCUUUUCGGUAUUUCACCGCGUCAGGAUGAUUUUCUAGAGAUUUCUCCUAUUGUUCCAGAAAACUGGACAUAUUUUGCCCUCGAGAAUUUGCCAUACCAUGGCCACUUGGUAACUGUUUUGUACGACAAGGAUGGAUCUAGAUACAAGGCUGGACAUGGGUUGUCAGUUUUAGUCGAUGGAAAAAUGGUGCAUGCCGGUGCCCAAAAGAGCGCCGUCGUACAUAUUCCUCGGCCCAUAUCCCCGGCUCCGGCACCCGUAAACAUUGCAGCGAAUCCUGCUGGUCCCGGGCAGUAUCCUACGGCUGACGCCACAUAUACUAAUUCCGGUGACUUCCAAUACAAAGCUAUCGAUGGUGUGCUGUUCUAUGAUUCAAUCCCUGACAAUAGAUGGACGAAUUAUAGAUCUCCCAACCCGAACGAUACUUUGACAAUCACAUUUGCUCGGCCAAGGACUGUGUCUUCGGUAACGCUGGCCAUAUUUUCGGACGUAGCCAGAGGGGGAGGAAUUGACGUACCAGCCCGCAUAGAGAUUCAUGGAUCCAGCGGCUUGUUGGCCACAUACAACGACUCAUCUGCGUUUUUGGGUAAUGACCGUAACGAGUUUAAAUAUGGCCAAGUCGAGACACAAUUUCUAGCUGUCAAUCUUUACCGUAAAUCGUCUAACGUCUACGUUGGUAUCUGCGAAUUGGAGGUUUGGACGCCGCCAGUCCUCGGUCCAACUUACUACGCCGUCGAUGCUUAUCUUACCGGACAAGAGACUCGUGUCGUUUUUGACAAUACUUCAACUGUCACGAGCAAUGGAGCGGUUGUAGGAGGCUUGAGGUCAGACAGCAACGUAGCAUUCUCUGGUAUUGUGUCUGAUGGUGGCAAAUCCACCCUGACGCUUAGCUACUCGAAUCUUGGACAUACUGCGGCAAACGUGAGCAUCGAAGUCAAUCAAGAGUCGCAGAAUACAUUGGAGUUAUUACCAAGCAAAGGUAACUAUGUAAAUGCUUCGGUUUAUGUCAAAUUGGCGAAGGGAAAGAAUUAUGUCAGUGUGAGAGGAGGUUCGGACGCUGUAGAUGUGAGAUUAGAGACACUGAAGAUACACUGAGAUAUUACAUACCUAACCUAGGGUAGUAUAGUAUAUAUGUACUGCCAGGCGAUUCAUCGCUACAUACUACAUAAAGUGCUUACUUACCUAUUUUUAUAUGAAC